ACGAAAGACCAGCCUUUGGCACUCAUCCCACUGAGAAGAAGACAAGGAGAAAGGAAAGAGAAACAUAGGGUUCGCUUCGCUUCUUCCGUUCCUCGAUCGACGAAUCGAAACCCUAGAGAAAACCAAGGAAAAAAAAAACUUUCCUCGGCCAGAAGAAAUCCUAGCUGCGGAGUAGGAGCGGUGACGGCGUCGAUUUUGCUCGGUUGUUGAGCUCCUUCCACAUUUUUUUCCCCCUGAAUGGCGGAUCCGAGCGGCGGUGGGGAGGGAUCCUGGGCGGAGGCGGCCGGUGGCAAUGCUGCGCCGUCGCUUGUGGCGUCGGGGACGUUCAAGGGGGAGAUUAGGUCGGCGGGGGCGCCCCGGCGAAGAGCGCCGAUCCGGGCGAGCUUGGAUGCCGAGGAGUUCAUAAAUCUGCUGCAUGGAUCGGAUCCGGUCAGGGUCGAGCUCAGUCGGCUCGAGAAUGAAGUCAGAGAUAAGGAGCGGGAAUUGGGGGAGGUUCAUGCGGAGAUUAAGGCGCUGAAGUUGUCAGAGCGAGCCAGAGAGAGAGCGGUGGAAGAGCUUACAGAGCAAUUGGCAAAGGUGGAGGAGAAGCUCAAGUUAACGGAAUCUCUUCUAGAAAACAAAAAUCUUGAAAUCAAGAAGAUAAAUGAUGAGAAGAAAGCAUCCAUGGCUGCCCAGUUUGCUGCAGAAGCUACUCUUAGAAGAGUUCAUGCUGCUCAAAGGGAUGAUGACAUACCGCCUCUUGAAGCCAUUCUUGCACCUGUUGAGGCAGAAUUAAAGCUUGCCCGCCAGGAGAUUGUGAAGAUCCAGGAUGACAACAGGGCAUUGGAUCGUCUCACCAAAUCAAAGGAGGCAGCAUUGCUAGAGGCAGAAAGGACUGUACAGAUUGCUUUGGCAAAGGCUUCAAUGGUGGAUGAUCUACAAAACAAGAACCAAGAGUUAAUGAAACAGAUUGAAAUAUGCCAGGAAGAAAACAAGAUAUUGGACAAAUUACACCGUCAAAAGGUUGCAGAGGUCGAAAAGCUUAGCCAGACUGUUAGAGAGCUAGAAGAGGCUGUUCUUGCUGGAGGUGCAGCUGCAAAUGCCGUGAGGAAUUAUCAGAGGAAAGUUCAGGAGAUGAAUGAAGAGAGGAAAACCCUUGACCGUGAACUUGCCCGUGCAAAAGUUACAGCAAAUAGAGUUGCAGUCGUAGUAGCAAAUGAAUGGAAAGAUGCUAAUGACAAAGUCAUGCCUGUUAGACAGUGGCUUGAAGAGAGAAGAUUCAUGCAAGGCCUUAGUGCCACGAUAAGGUUGGUCUACUGUGACUUGGGUGUCACCGGUUCGAGGCAUGGAAACAACCUCUCUGCACAUAGGAGCAAGGGAGAAAUGCAGCAGCUUCGAGAUAAGCUUUCUAUAGCAGAACGUACUGCAAGAUCUGAAGCUCAAUUAAAAGAGAAGUUCCAGUUGCGCAUCAAAGUAUUAGAAGAGGGAUUGAGAAUGUCCUCUAGUUGUUCCAGCCACACAAAUGUAGAAGGGAAGAGUGCAAGUAAUGAUCCUUCGCGUCGCCAGUCCCUUGCUGGAGCUGAGAUUGUUUCCAAGUCAACUCCCAAUGGCUUUCUGCCAAGGAGGUCACCGUCUUUUCAAUUGAAAUCCACUCUUUCUAGGAGCACCAGUACAGUGCUGAAACAUGCAAAAGGAACAUCAAAGUCAUUUGAUGGAGGCACUAGGUCCCUUGACCGGUGCAAAGUCCUUGCAAAUGGAAUAGGCCAUUCACUGAAUAGAUCUUCCGAUGGUAUUAGAGACAGUGGAACAAAUAACAGUUGGAAGGAGAAUCCAGAUGAGAAGUCUGUGGCAUUAGCUAAUGCUGACACAAAUGAUACGGUCUCUGGGUUGUUGUAUGAUAUGUUGCAAAAGGAGGUAAUCACCUUAAGGAAAGCAUGCCAUGAGAAAGAUCAAUGCCUGAAGGACAAGGAUGAUGCAAUUGAGAUGUUGGCAAAGAAAGUAGAUACUUUGACCAAAGCAAUGGAAGUGGAGGCUAAGAAAAUGAGAAGGGAAGUUUCUGUCAUGGAGAAAGAGGUUGCUGCUAUACGGGCAGAGAAAGAGCAAGACAAGAGGGCUAAGCGGCUUGGUAGUUCCAAAGGUUCUGUAAAUACAUCACAGAUGCUUCCUGGGAGGAACGUGACACGUGGUGGGAUGAUGCGGAACCUUCAAUGACAAUGAACUCAAAUUGAAAACAGCUCAGGAUACUCGAAGAGAUCCAUUUCUCUCUUUGUUUCUUCUUUCUUGUUUCCUUUUACUUUGUUCUUCCUUCAUUGAUUUGACAGUCAAAAUCAGCACAGAUCACCCUGCGAUCAUCCAAUUUGAGGAUGUAAAAAUCAGAGAGUCAGUCUGCAUCUGAUUUGACUUGUUGUAAUUUAGUGGAAGUGAUGCUGAAAGUUGGCUAACCUUAUGGCAGUCUCUUUGAUAGGGCGAUGCUUAUUGGGUUGUUGUAUAGGUUGAAGGGCCUUCAUUUUUUCCCUAUCUAUUUGUAAUUUUAAGUGUGCUGGUUUCAUUUUCUCACCCCAGUUUGUGAAUAUUAUCGUAAUUCAGAUGAGGAUGCAUGAUAUUCACUCUUGUCAGGUU